AUGGCCCAGCUUGCCAUUGUGUCAACCAACGCUGCUGAAGGGAAGGAUGUGCAUCUACGUAUCCGCAAUAAGCCUCCCAAUGAUGUGGACAUCGUGUGGUACAGGGGGGAAGGCACGAGAAAAAAUCGUGUAAUUGCAUUUCUUUCAAAAGAAUUAAGGAAGCACAUAAAAGGUCCUGCACACACAGGUCGAGAGAGAAUAUAUGAUGAUGGAUCCAUGUUGUUAAAGAGGGUCAGCAUGAAAGAUGCAGGAAUGUACACAGUAGUAAUCUACCUUCAAGAUUAUAAAAAAGAAAUAGGAUUCGGACGGCUUAAUGUAUAUGACCCUUUGUUAAAGGCCAGAGUUGUAGCUAGUAACACCACUGUCACAGAGAAUAAGGAUGCCGUGGUCUUGACCUGCUACACAAACGCGGUCUCCGUCCAGUGGUUGUUCAAUGGCAUGAAUCUGCGGCUCAGGGAGCACAUGAAGUUGUCCAAAGACCACCGACGCCUCACCAUAAACCCUGUCAAGAGGGAAGAUGCUGGGAAUUACCAGUGUGAAGUCUCCAACCCCAUCAGGUCUAUGGAAAGUUGGCCCCUUACACUGGAUGUGAAAUCUGAGUGA